AUGGCGAAGAAUCAGAGGAAGCUAUAGUCUGAACUCGAUAAAAAUCUAAAGGCCAUUGAUGAGGUACCCCUUCCUCAGACAUAUCAUGCUUACGUAUAGGGUAUUCAAUAGCUAGAGAGUUUAGAAGCCAAGUUAAAUAACGCACCCACUUAAUCCAUGAAAGAGAAGUACGAAAUUGAGAUGAAAAAGGAGAUUAAAAAAUUACAAAGAGUAAGAGAUUAUUUCAGAGGUCAAAUGAAUAAUCCAGACAUCAAAGAUAAAUCUAAGCCUUAAGAAGCAAGGAGGAGAGUUGAAAUUGAAAUGGAGAGGUUUAGAGCCCACGAAAAGGAAUUCAAAAAGAAGUAAUUUUCAAAAAAGGCAUUGCAGACAGCUGGACAUGAUAAGAACAACACAGGAAGUGACGAUAGUGAUUUAGAUAGUGAUUAUGGAGAUGAAGAUCUGGAUGAUGACGACGAUGAUGAUGAGAAUAAUGAAGAUGAAAUGAAUGAAGAGAGAGUGAAUCAAUAAAAAAUAAAGGACAAGGAAUACUUUUUAGAGGUAUUAGAAUUCCUGAAGGCUCAAGCAUCAAAGCUAGAGAUAGAUUUAGAGACCCUACGUAAUAAAAAAGUGAAAGGUCCUCCAAAAAAGCAAAAGGAGAAGUAAGGGCAGCUGAAUACCAAAGUAGUUUAAGCGAAAAGGAUGAAAGAUAAGAUAGAGGAGAUCACUAAUUCACUGGAAUUCAUUGAUAUUUUGCAGAUCAGAAAUCUCAAAGUAUUGCUUGGAACCUACAUGUUGAAUACUGAAGAUGAAGGCAUUAAGCUUCCAAUGGAAACUGAGAUAGCUAAGCUAAUGGAGAUCGUCGAAAAUAAUAAGAAAAUACAGCAGAAUAACCUGUAAAUGCUAAGGGACUAGCAAAAGGCAUUAGAAAUAAGAUAAAAGGUUGAUCUAGAUAAGCAUCCUGAUGUGAUUAAGAGUUAUUGUAGAGUUGAAGAUACAACUAUUGGAAGUAUUUUAGAUGCGCAAGAUUACUUAGGUGCUUGGCAUUUAGCCAUCGUAAUUAAGGAGAAAAUAGGACAAAACUAAGAGAGAGAAAUUCACUUCCUGCCUUAUAACAAUCAUAAGCGUGAUGAGGUUUUCAAAGAAGAAGAUUAAAAUAAAAUUGCACCAGCUUUCACUCAUACAGAGAUACCAGCUGAACCAGAAAAAUCAUUCACUGUCUUAAGAGAUUACCUUGCCUCAUAUAUGUAAAAGCAACAAUAAUUCAGCCAACAGCCUAUAGAGGAAAGAAAGCAACCAGCAGCAAAGAUUGCUCCAAUCUAAAGUCAAAUUCAAUAAUAAUAGCCAAGUACCAAUUAGGUAAGAGUAAAUUCACAAACCAAUAGUCAAUAGAACUAAGCUAAUAAGAGUAGUACCUAAUCAGUAAAUAUCACUAAAUAAGGAAAGUAAAGUAUAAGUGAGGAAGAAGAAAAGGUUCCACCUCUAGGAAUACAACCUCUUGGAGGAAAUCUAUUUCCAGGACCAAAUCCAUUUAGUCAGCUAAUUUAGUAAUAGACCUUAUAACAUUAACUAGUCGAUAUAAGUACACCAACCUCGAUUUUGUAGCCUACUUAAUAGGAUUUGGGUGGUAGUAUAUUGAGUGGACUGUAAUAAACUGCCAACCCACACCUAGAUAAAACGCUAUAAGUACUUGAACUGCUCGAAGCAUCAUUUAGGAAUAUACCAUAACCAUAGGACUAGGAAGUUCAAGAAGCAAAGCAUCCAGUUCCACUUAAAGAGGACAAUAUGUUUCCUACUGUGCCUUUAUUCAAUAGGAAAGAAAAUUUCUCAAGGUUCGAUCUAGAUACAUUAUUCUUUGCUUUCUAUUACUAGCAAGGUACUUACCAGCAAUAUCUAGCGGCAAUUGAGCUGAAAAAGAAGAACUGGAUGUUCCACAAGAAGUAUCAUACAUGGUUUAGGAAAAUUGAGCCAGGCGAACAGCUACCCAAGGGAACUCAAGGAGGCAAAUAUGUGUAUUUUGAAUACGAAUCGAGUUGGAGCUAGAAAGUAAGCACCAAUACUGACUUUGACGAUUCGUAAUUUGAAAAUGAACUGUAAAUUGAUGACAGAAUCAACAGCUUGAUGAUGACUAACAGCAUCCUACAACAACAUAACCUACAGUCCUCUCUUUGA